UCAAGUCUGAGCGGUCUGAACUCUUCACAUGUGGAACACGGGACCAGACGGGACGUUACAAUCACAAUAGGCGACAUUUGAUUUGUCCAGAGCCCCUCUGCACUACAUUUCUUCAUGCAUAAAGCGGUCCCAACGAAGUUUGAUUUUUUUACAUAUAGUCCCCAAAUUACAACUACAGUGCUGCAAAGGUGAUUUUGGUCCUGCCAAGGGGGGGAACGGACCUGCAGAGACGUCCAGCCUUGGCUUCCCCGCAGCAUCAAAGACCGCAGCAGCAGCAGCACGGGGUCUCCCCCGCGGCUCCCCGGACAUCAGCGGCAGGUGACCCCGCGGAGAGAGGCUCAGUCCGCCUGCGGUCCUGUUCACAGGACCCGGUUCCCUCCUCCGACGCGGCCAGCGCCUCCGUCGGCGCUACUCCACGCGGCCAGAGCCGGGAGAUGGCCGCCACCAAGGCUGAGCUGCUCCUGCCCACCGUGCAGGUAGGGUGCGACCCCCUGGCCGGCCUUCCUCCGACCCACUCCCCGCUGCUGGACGCCUACCCGCGGCUGGAGGAGCUGCAGAUGCUGCUGCAGAGCGCCGCCGCGGCGGGAGGCGGCCCGGCGGCGGACGGACAUGGACUUCAUAGCGGAGACUUCUUCGACUACGACCGCCUGGUGGGAGACCUCCUCCCGCAGCUGUCGGCCGGCUGUGGAGACACCAAAGGCCUCCCAGAUCUCCACGGCUUCUCCUCUUUCCCCUCCCGCCUUCCCCCUUUGGCCUACAGCGGGCGCUUCACCCUGGAGCACGCCGCCGCCGCCAGCACCGCCACCACCGCACCCGCCGCCGCCGCCAACACCGGCGGGGUCGGCGGGGGCCUGUGGCCGGAGUCGUUCCUCAGCCUGGUCACAGGGCUGGUCAGCAUGGCCACGCCCUCUUCUGUCACCUACAAUUUCUCCUCCCCGCCCUCAUCGCUGGCGUCGUCACUGCAGCCGGCCCAGGGCCCCGUCCAGAUGAGCAGCGGUUCGGGGGACGUCACGUCCAUCUUCUCUGCAGCGCAGACGUUUCCCCCCGCGGCCGGCUCUGACACCCAGGUUCCUCCUCCCGAUCCCCAGCCGGCGUCCCGGGCCUUCGCCGCCGCAUCACCCCCACCACUGUGCCCUCCGCCUCCUCCAUACCCCAACCCAAACCCGAGGCUGGGCCUCCAGACUCCCUCCAUGUUCUCAAACUAUCUCCUCCCCCAGCAGCAACAGCCGGAGCAGGGAGGUGAGCUCGGUGUGCCGGUCCAAGACCAGAAGUCCGCCCUGGGCCACAACAUCCAGCAGCAGCCCCCUCUGACCCCACUGUCGACCAUCAAGGCUUUCUCCUCCCAGAUGCAGUCGCAGCCCCCUCAGAGCCUGCCGGUCCAGGAGGCCCCUGGCACCUGUAAGCCCGGCCGAGUGAGGCGGCUACCGGCCGGGCGGGCGUGCAAAACCCCCCCGACUGAGCGCCCCUACGCCUGCCCCGCAGAGGGCUGUGAGCGCCGCUUCUCGCGCUCCGACGAGCUGACGCGGCACAUGCGCGUGCACACGGGCCAGAAGCCGUUCCAGUGUCGCAUCUGCAUGAGGAGCUUCAGCCGCAGCGACCACCUGACCACGCACAUCCGCACGCACACCGGCGAGAAGCCGUUCGACUGUGGCGAGUGCGGCCGGCGUUUCGCCCGCAGCGACGAGCGCAAGCGGCACGCCAAGAUCCACCUGAGGCAGAGGGAGAAGAGGACCUUUGCCUGCGCCUCCUCGUCCUCGGCUCCCCUCGCCGAGCCCCCUACCUCCUCCCCCUGCUCCUCCUACUCCUCCCCUUGCUCGUCAUCUUACUCCUCCCCAGGUCACAACUCCUUUGCCCCGUCUCUCAUCCCCUCCUCAUCUUCCUCCUGCUCUUACUCCUCCCUCAGCGUCCAGGUGGGCUCCUCCUGUGCUGCCUCCUCCUCCUCCUCGCCGUCCCCCCGUGUCUAUACUGCCUCCUCGCCCGCCCAGCUCUACAUCUCCUGCUCUCCUCCGUCAGGAAGCCCUCAGAUGGACCUCCCGCCGGACUCUGACAUCUGCUGAAUGGCCGACCUCUCUCUCGCCCUCUCUGAUUUUCAUUUCUCCUCCGGUGUACAGAAUGUAUGGAGGAGAAGAAGGAGACGAGAGAGCGAGAGCGAGAGAGAGAGAGCGAGAGAGAGAGAGAGAGAGAGAGACUUUGAAGUGUUUUUAAGCCACAUUUCUGUUUUGUUGGAAAAUUUGUAUGGAGAACGACAGAAAACACUGGCCAAACAGAGACAAAAGCAGGAGAGUGAGACGGAAAAUCAACCUGAGUCCGCGUGACUCAGUUUUCAGACUAAAAGAGAAAAGUGUUUUUGAUUUUUUUGGGUUGUUUUUCUUAUCAGGGACCGAGUUUAACAGCGUUGACAGUGGAACUGUCAGAACAAAAAGACGACUGGAAGAGGACCGUCCCUUUUCCUGACCCUUGCUGGCUUUGCCCCGCUGUGUCUCUUUGGCUGACUUGAAACUGAAAAGCCUUUCCCUGUCUGUCAGGGACUUACACAAACAAGCGCGGCCUGCUGGGUGACCAGAAGCUGGCGCUGAUUCUUCCCGUGCCUGCACGGCUGCAUGCGCGCUGGUUGACUGCUGCCCCGCCUUCGGGCCUUUUGCACAAAAUACUUUUGUCUGUCCAUUUACCGAGACCCUCGGGUCGGGGUCUGAUCUUGUAAAGUUUGUGUGAGUGGUCAGUUGGCUCCAUUUGAUUCAAAUCAAGAUGAGUUACAUGUUGAGGACUGUUUAUCAGCAACACAUGGAUUAUAAUAUACCUACAAGAUAUGCAAACACAAAUGAUACAGCAGGUUUUAGUCCCUGGGCCACCGACAUUACCAGCAACCAAACAGUCCAGAGGUCAAGGGUCAGACCCACAGCACCCUGACAAUAAAUGUGAACAGCCUACCUGUUUCGGCCAAGCCUCUGUCAUAAAGAGUCAAGAGAAGGUUAAAUAAGAAACGAAACCGAAAAUAAACGCUUCAUUAGUGUCCCACGUUUCCUGCUCCAGACCCAACAAACUGAGGAGGGAGCUCCGACCCGUAGCAAGCAGAACAGAAAGCCCCUGCCCCAUCAGCCGAAUGCUCACAAACUAUGGCUGGAUUUGAUACUCUGAUUUCCCCAACGUGUCCCUCCGUCUGUCGGCGGGACUACAAACCAGGUGUGGCAGCCAUUGUGGCUGGUGUGCCGUCAGCUCAGCAGUAAACAUGGAACAUGAUAAAAUGGAUCCGGGGACCAAAGCUAACACAGACAGUCUAAUGUGUUACAAACUACAUCACACUAUAUGGGAACACUGUUGUACAGUCAUAUUGGUUGCCAUGGACACAUCAGCAUCACGUCUGGUGAGGAUGACUGGUAGUAUUAUGGAGCCUGAUGGAGGGAAAUCACAGAUUUCUGUUUUAAUCCAGCCCUCCAGACACUUUGAUCUGGAAACCAAAAUAUAAAUAAAGUGUGUUAUAUGGGAGUCUUUUACAGCUCAGAAACGUAGCUGGAGGGUUGAAUAUCAUAAACGGUUGGAUAAUUUUGGGACGUACCAUACUUAGCGUAUGCACCUGUCGUUGCAACGAUGAAUGAGAGUCAUAACCUCCAUCUGCAUGUAGAUGAGCAGUACUUUAAAGCACAGAAUGCUGGAAAUAAGCCAACUUUCUUAGUAAACACCGCUUAUCCCCUUGACCGGUGGACUCAGGCCUGUCACAGAGCAGACAGCCAGAGAUGACGGGUCAGAAAACGGCACCUUAACAGUCCAGAAUGUACCCGGCAGAUAAAGGGAGGUUGUAUUUUUUUCUUUUGUACAAACGAGAACCAUGUGUAUUUUGUACCUACAUGCUGUAGUAACACACAUGCACACACGCUGCGAUGGUGUGUUGAGCUUUUCACCUACUGGGUAGGUAUGGAGACUUAGUAUCUGGUUUACAUGCCGGUCUUUAUUUGAUGGGUUUCACACCAUCUGUUUGUCUUCGUAGAGACACAAGAUGUGUAUCUCUGUCAGGAUUAUUACCUUUAUACCACCCCUGUUAAAACGUGAAUAAAACAGAACA